ACCAUGCGUCACUUCCGGUUAAAACAUGGCGACGCUCUCACAGAUGUCACAUUGGUGUAACAUCGACUAAACCAGCCCGUGUUAUUUCUCACAACAUCUACGUUGACCUGGCUGGAUUAAGAUUUUAUUCACAUUUAAUAUCGGAGUGAAGACUAGCAUCAUGGUUCAUCUGUCGUCCCACCUCUUAAAGCGCUACCAAGGGGGUUAUGUGGUCCUCCGCCUGGCUAUGGCCGGCCACAAUCAAGCCAACAGGCCGUUUUUUCGCAUCGUGGCGGCGUUCAACAAACGGGCGAGGGACGGUAAAUAUAUAGAACAGCUGGGAACAUACGACCCUCUCCCUAACGUCUACAACGAGAAACUGGUCAGCUUUAACUACGACCGCAUCAAGUACUGGAUUGGCAGUGGCGCCCACACGACUAAGCCGGUGGCCAAACUUCUAGGUUUGGCCGGGUUUUUUCCACUUCAUCCCAUGACUGUGACGCAGAUGGAGCGCCGCCGAGCCCAAGCAGCGGAGACAGAAACAAAAGCAAAAGAUAGUGUGGAGGCUGAAGCGUGAGUGGUUGUUUGUGUGAUGACACAGCAGUACUGACACACAUUGAAGUGUUGAGUUUUUUGUACAUUCUUUGUCAUUGUUGUGAUUGAAUUAGUGGGUAUAGCAAUGAUUAAACAUUAUGAA